CGGAGCACCUAGCAAGGUAAACGGAUUCAGCAACACUGGAACUUAGGUCUUCACAGUGUUCUUAUAUUAUUUUCAAUUCAGUGCCGUUUACCACCAUUUGAAACUGGAUUCUGUCAUAUUUGUUCGCAUCAAUUAACAGAAAAGUUGUCUUCAUAAGUUUCAUUCAUCAACAAAAUCACGGCGAGGAUGACAGACACGGAGAUAGAGGGUCCGGGGAGACACAGGAUCGGUGAUGUGUUCGCAGAAUCGGCGGCAAAAAGAGAUGAUGUUUUUGAUGAAACGUACAAAGAGAAAGAAGGUCCUAAACCUUCAAUGAUACUCGUGUGGAGAAAUAUCAUAUUGAUGACUUUAUUGCACAUUGGAGCCGUGUACGGCAUCACCCUCGUCCCAUCUGCUCAUGUUUUGACCUGGGCUUGGUUUGUGUUUUGCUUUUUAACAAGUGCUUUAGGAGUGACUGCGGGGGCUCACCGGCUAUGGAGCCACAGGUCCUACAAGGCCUCGUUACCUCUCAGAAUCUUCCUUGCCACUGCCAACUCCAUGGCCUUUCAGAAUGAUAUCUUUGAAUGGGCUCGGGACCACAGAGUUCACCACAAGUUUUCAGAGACCGAUGCCGACCCGCACAACGCCGUCCGAGGGUUCUUCUUCGCCCACAUCGGUUGGCUCCUGGUGCGUAAACACCCGGACGUCAUUGAGAAGGGGAAGAAGCUGGAGCUCAGUGACCUGAAGGCUGACAAGGUCGUCAUGUUCCAGAGGAAGUAUUACAAGAUGUCAGUGGUGCUGAUGUGCUUCGCCAUCCCCAUGUUUGUUCCUUGGUGCCUGUGGGGAGAGAGCCUGUGGCUGGGCUACUUCGUGCCGGGUCUACUGAGGUACACCCUGGUACUGAACGCUACCUGGCUGGUCAACAGUGCUGCCCACAUGUGGGGAAACCGGCCCUACGACACCAACAUCAACCCCCGAGAGAACAAGUUUGUCACCCUUAGUGCCAUAGGUGAAGGGUUCCAUAACUAUCACCACACCUUCCCAUAUGAUUAUGCAUCAAGUGAGUUUGGCUGCAAACUGAACCUGACCACCUGUUUCAUCGACUUGAUGUGUUUCCUCGGCCUGGCAAAGGACCGCAAGAGAGUGUCCCCCGAAAUAGUGCUGGCCCGGGCUCAGCGCACUGGGGACAGAAGCACCCGGAACCGGAGUGGCUAGGAGGUUUUCCCCAAUCUCAAAAAAGCUCCAAAACAAAACCAAUGUAAAAAAAUAUAAAAAAAAUACAUAUAUAUAAAACCGACAAAAGUUUAGUUUGCAGUGUAAUUUUGAGAGAUGCUUCUCGAUCUUGUAGCUACAGUCACAGCUUCACUCUUCUCCUUUGUGAGCUUUUUACGGAUUUCCUAAAGAGUUCUUAAAGAUUCAUGUUAGCUUUUAAAAUAGGGACUUUAAAUCACCUUACGUUUUACUGUUUAAUUUCUUCUUCGCUGCAGCAAAUAGUCUGUUGUGUGAAAUGGUACAAAUCUGUCUGUUGCCAAAGCUGGUGUGCUGCCAUUGGUCGAGCCUCCCACAGUAGGCUGGAGAGGUGUUCAUGAGCUGUGAAUGCUUCUUCUACUGCAAUGUUACAUUGAUGUUGCAAAGGCAAUCAAUCCAGAGUUUCUCUUGAAUACUGCUGUCAAGUAUUAAAGGAGAGAUUGGAAAAAUAAGAAAGCUUUAAAAAAAAAAAAAAAAAAAACAUUUUAAACUUGUUUGUUGUGACACCUUUUAAAUCUCCCGUCUUGAAGUGAAACUGUCAGUUGUGUCCAUAGCUUUCAUGUAAUGUGGGUCAUGCAACCAAAACAGAUACUUUUCUAUUCUUAAAGUAACUGUCCAGUGAAAGUCUCACUUUUAAAAGGUCAUAUUCUGUUUACUCAAACCCAAAUAAUGUUGCGGACUCGUCCUAUACUUGUAUUUUUGGCCAAAACAUAAAUUGGGAGGAAGAAGAAAAAAAAACACUUCAAAAACUCCAAUUCAAACUUAUAUCUCAAACAAGACGGUUUAAAAAAGGCUUGCUAUUUCCUCAUAGAGUAUGAAGUGCUGGCCAAUCAGCGGUUUACUCACAUGAAUAUUUGUAAUGACCGGUAGACACGCCCACACCAUUCCAACACAGAAAAGCUGCUUUUGAACAGACUUCCUUUUUAAAUUGGAAGGAAAACUAUUUCAUAUUUCAUAAACAUUUGGAAGUUACUUUAAUACUCAGUGAUUUACUGGAUAUUAAUGAAGAAUAGAGUACUGAAACGUGGAAAACCAUGUUCCAUUUCAUAGAGUAUAUGAGAUUUAUUAGGUUUUAACUGACUUGGUUGUUAUUCAACAUUUGUUACAGUUUACAGCACAGUGUUUUAAAUGAUACGGAAGGAGUCUUACUCUAUUGAGAGGGGUCACAGUGGAGCUGGAUAAAUGACAGGGGUCACAGUGGAACUGGAUAAAUGAGAGGGGUCACAGUGGAGCUGGAUAAAUGAGAGGGGUCACAGUGGAGCUGGAUAAAUGAGAGGGGUCACAGUGGAACUGGAUAAAUGAGAGGGGUCACAGUGGAGCUGGAUAAAUGAGAGGGGUCAGAGUGGAGCUGGAUAAAUGAGAGGGGUCACAGUGGAACUGGAUAAAUGAGAGGGGUCACAGUGGAGCUGGAUAAAUGAGAGGGGUCAGAGUGGAGCUGGAUAAAUGAGAGGGGUCACAGUGGAGCUGGAUAAAUGACAGGGGUCACAGUGGAGCUGGAUAAAUGAGAGGGGUCACAGUGGAGCUGGAUAAAUGAGAGGGGUCACAGUGGAACUGGAUAAAUGAGAGGGGUCACAGUGGAGCUGGAUAAAUGAGAGGGGUCGCAGUGGAGCUGGAUAAAUGAGAGGGGUCGCAGUGGAGCUGGAUAAAUGAGAGGGGUCACAGUGGAACUGGAUAAAUGAGAGGGGUCACAGUGGAACUGGAUAAAUGAGAGGGGUCACAGUGGAACUGGAUAAAUGAGAGGGGUCACAGUGGAGCUGGAUAAAUGAGAGGGGUCACAGUGGAGCUGGAUAAAGCACAGGCAUGGCGGUAAUGUCACAAAAAGAGAUUUUAUACAUCUUAGAAAACAAAUGAAGAAUACAUGCUCCCCCUUCCUAGAUUGUCAAGCAGGUUAGAGCUAUACAAAAAAAAACAUAUAUAGUACAAAAUAUAUUUUUAUGUGCUGUUGCUUAUAGAAGCAGGGCUGAUUAACCACAUCUGGGGACCAAGGCAAGAGUAUUUUUGAAGCCCCCCCCCCCUCCCCUCAUGGCAGUGGAGCAAGACAUUUUUUUAAAAGCUAACUUCCUGCCAUUGUACACAUUUAGCCAUGGGGCAGAGAUAAAAAAUGUUCCGUUUUAAAGCUAAUUUCCCAGUUGGUAAUCCGGCCAUGAAUAUGAAACAGUCCUCUGUCUAUGCCAUGACCACUCUACUGUAGGCUGUGUAUACUUUUUACAAGCUAUUUGUAGUCUACAGCACUUUUUAAUUGCAUUGACAAAAAGACAACUCAAUAAAAAAAUGAUUUGUUGAUAAAAGUAAACUAGUAAAAGGUGAAUGUAAAAUGUAGUUGUUAGGAUUAUGGCCAUAAAAUGUACUUCUGAAUCCCUGAAGAGGGACCUGCAGUAUUUAUUUUUCCCUUUAUUUAACCAAGCAAGUCAGUUAAGAAUACAUUCUUAUUUUCAAUGACGGCCUAGGAACAGUGGGGUUAACUGGUCUAGGAACAGUGGGGUUAACUGGUCUAGGAACAGUGGGGUUAACUGGUCUAGGAACAGUGGGGUUAACUGGUCUAGGAACAGUGGGGUUAACUGGUCUAGGAACAGUGGGGUUAACUGGUCUAGGAACAGUGGGGUUAACUGGUCUAGGAACAGUGGGGUUAACUGGUCUAGGAACAGUGGGGUUAACUGGUCUAGGAACAGUGGGGUUAACUGGUCUAGGAACAGUGGGGUUAACUGGUCUAGGAACAGUGGGGUUAACUGGUCUAGGAACAGUGGGGUUAACUGGUCUAGGAACAGUGGGUUAACUGGUCGAGGAACAGUGGGGUUGACUGGUCGAGGAACAGUGGGUUAACUGGCCUAGGAACAGUGGGGUUAACUGGUCUAGGAACAGUGGGGUUAACUGGUCUCGGAACAGUGGGUUAACUGGUCUCGGAACAGUGGGUUAACUGGUCUCGGAACAGUGGGUUAACUGGUCGAGGAACAGUGGGGUUGACUGGUCUAGGAACAGUGGGGUUAACUGGUCUAGGAACAGUGGGUUAACUGGUCUAGGAACAGUGGGUUAACUGGUCUAGGAACAGUGGGUUAACUGGUCUAGGAACAGUGGGUUAACUGGUCGAGGAACAGUGGGGUUGACUGGUCUAGGAACAGUGGGGUUGACUGGUCGAGGAACAGUGGGGUUGACUGGUCGAGGAACAGUGGGGUUGACUGGUCGAGGAACAGUGGGUUAACUGGUCUAGGAACAGUGGGUUAACUGGCCUAGGAACAGUGGGGUUAACUGGCCUAGGAACAGUGGGGUUAACUGGUCUCGGAACAGUGGGUUAACUGGUCUCGGAACAGUGGGUUAACUGGUCUCGGAACAGUGGGUUAACUGGUCUAGGAACAGUGGGUUAACUGGUCGAGGAACAGUGGGGUUGACUGGUCUAGGAACAGUGGGGUUAACUGGUCUAGGAACAGUGGGUUAACUGGCCUAGGAACAGUGGGGUUAACUGGUCUAGGAACAGUGGGGUUAACUGGUCUCGGAACAGUGGGUUAACUGGUCUCGGAACAGUGGGUUAACUGGUCUAGGAACAGUGGGUUAACUGGUCGAGGAACAGUGGGGUUGACUGGUCUAGGAACAGUGGGGUUGACUGGUCGAGGAACAGUGGGGUUGACUGGUCUAGGAACAGUGGGGUUAACUGGUCUAGGAACAGUGGGGUUAACUGGUCUAGGAACAGUGGGGUUGACUGGUCGAGGAACAGUGGGGUUAACUGGUCGAGGAACAGUGGGGUUAAAUGCCUUGUUCAGGGGCAGAACGAUAGAUUUGUACCUUGUCAGCUCGGGGGUUUGAUCUAACAACCUUUCAGUUACUGGCCCAACGUUCUAACCACUAGGCUACCUGCCCCAGUAUCCCCAGCAUCAUAAUAUUUAACUUACUGAUAACACGCUUAUAUAAGGAGUUAAUCCACAUUUAGUUUAAAACAUUCACCAACUACUUUACGGUACAUUUCUUCCAUACCUUCCUCUCUGCCAUAACAUGAAAAUGUUAGUUGAUUUUUUCUCGUAAUAUUUGAUAAUAAAUCUAACUGCCCAAAUAAUAACACUUGAGUAAAUGAGGGGAUACAAAGUGUAUUGAAGCAGGUGCUUCCACACAGGUGUGGUUUCCCGAGUUAAUUAAACAAUUAACAUCCCAUAAUGCUUAGGGUCAUGCAUACAAAUGCUGGGCAGGCCAUUAUUAUGGUUACCAUGGCUACGUCCCCAUAAGAUGACAAUGCCCCCAUCCACAGGGCACGAGUGGUUUGAUGAGCAUGAAUACGAUGUAAACCAUGUGCCGUCUCAGUCACCAGAUCUCAACCCAAUUGAAGACUUACGGGAGAUUCUGAAGCGGCGCCUGAGACAGCGUUUUACACCGCCGCCGACAAAACACCAACUGGUGGAAUUUCUCCUAAAUGUGGUGUCGGAACCCUCCCAACAGAGUUCCAGACACGUGUAGAAUCUAUGCCAAGGUGAAGCUGUUCUGGCUCGUGGCGGGCCAGCGUUCUAUUGAGACGAUGUUGGUGUUGUUUUGAUUUUUGCCAGUUACCUCUAUGUGCCCAUAAUGUGCCAUUGGUUGGACAUUGUCUAGUGCAGCCUUACCAUAGAGACGUUAUUAGCCGCUUGUAGCUGGAUAAUGCUGUUUAGCAAGCUACUUAGGUCAUAAGAUUGUACAUGAUUUUUAAAACGUUUUCAGACAUUUAACAGACGGCUCUUAUCCAGAGCAACUUACAGGAGCAAUUAGAGUUAAGUGCCUUGCUCAAGGGCACAUCGGCAUAUUUUUUCCCACCUAGUCAGCUCUGGGAUUUGAACCAGUGGCCUUUUGGUUACUGGGCCAACGCUUAAAAGUGUGGUCUUUGUCAUAACCUAAACAACUGCCCUGAUUUCCCUGACACUAGCUAAAUAAAGUCAAUUAGUUGUUACCUGAGACAGUCGUAUAGCAUGCAAAAGAUAACAUUGACACGGAAGCAUUCUUGGUGAUGUGUUUUUCUCAGUAAGGUAGUAACACAUGCAGUAGGCCCAGGCGUUAUUUGGUCGAUAGAAGAUCUAGGGGCCUUUGGAUGUUCUACAGAGGCUCAGAUUGUGACUUAGGAGCUUGUUCAAUAGGGGAGUUACUUUUCAUUCAACUUGAAAGAUUCUGUUUGUAUGUUAACUUGACAAUGUUCUGUAUGCAUUUAUUGUGUAUUUUUUUUGCCAUUUGUGGUUUUCAUUUACUGAAAGAAAAUGGCAUGAAAAUGUAUUGCUUUUAAGUACUUUUUUCCUUUGGCAGUAGCACAGAACUUUAAAAUUAGUUAUUUGAGCACCUUUUUAAACAAUUUUAAAGGUUUGAAAGCAGCUAUUUUUAUCGCAAUAUCUAGCAUUUCUGGGUAACAAUUAACUACCUUACUGUGAUUGUUUUCAAUUAAAAUGGUCAAAAAGAAAAAUAGCUUUGUAGCAAAGAGUAAUUUCUCAAGCAAAUGUUUAGCUUGAACUGUCUGGAAGUGGUUCUGAGUGGGGAGGGGGAAACUGAAAACCAGCUGUUAUUGGCAGAGAGGUCUGGAACUCUCUUUCUUAUUGGUCGAUUAACUCAUUUACCACAUGGUGAUGUCACCAUGUGAGGCCAAAACUCCCUCUCACCAAAACAGGCUGAAAUUUCAGGCAGUCUUUUCAAACAGCUCUUACCACUAACAUGAUAUAUAUAUAUAUAACACAGGAAAUGACAUUGUUGACUGUACUUAAAAAAGACUGAGUCGGGAUACUCUACUACAGCCCAAUGCCUUAUGAUUACUUUAAUCCAUUCCUAAUCCUUUCUGUGUUCACAUCCCGUUUCGUUUGGUUAAAAACAGCCAAAGGCAGAAAUGACAGGUACCACAAUGCAGAUCUAAGUGUUUUAGCUCCAUCAGCUAUGAAUGAAUCGGUGGUUGACUGUAUUUAAUGUACUUUAGUGGACAAUGGCUGAGUCCGAUAGACGUGCCGAACUGAAGGAGGUACAGAGACAGGACAUGACAUCUGCAUGGACAUAAAGGGGCUUUAAUGUUAGCCUGGUCCCAGUUCCGGAUCGGUUUGUGCUGUACAUCCAAACAGCUGUAGGAGUUGGCUAUACAGCACACGUUGAUCUGGGAACAGGAUACUUUAAUGUGAAAUGCUCGUGAGAACUAAUCGUAGAGUUUUACUGAACUGCAAAUUAUUACAACAAGUCAUUCAAAUACUUCUCUUGCAGUAUUAUUCAACAAUCCCAAAAUAAAUAUGGUUAAUUCUGUCAUGUUGAGGGAAGCUAAACUGUUACCAUUCUUAUGUUCUGGUAUAUGUAAAAUGUGAAAUAUAUUCUGAAUUAAAAUUCAGAGAUAUUUUCAAUAAAUGUAUAAUUAAAUGAAUUGUUGUUGCUCUA